CAUUCUCUGCUUUCAAGGGGAGGAAGGAGCAGCUCUGUUUGUGUUUCUUCGGAUUAUUUGUGUUGCGAGGCUAGCAGGAGACGCAAGCCAAGGGACGCAAGGUAAGAAACGCAAGCCAAGGAACGUAAGCCAAGGGACGCAAGUCAAAGAACGUAAGCCAAGGGACGCGAGCCAAAGGACGCAAGCCAAGGGACGCACAGGUCUUCGAGAUGGCUGAGUUACUACUAAAGUUUAUCCAUGGAGAAAGCCAUGCUGACCAGAGAGACGCUGAAAGAAAGAUUCUUGAAGCGUCUCGAGAAGGGCUCGUGGAGACAGUGAAGCUCCUGCUGCAGAGGAAGGUUGACCUGGAAGUGACUGACCGAGAAGGGCGCCGCCCCCUACACCUCGCCGCCCUGGGAGGCCACGACCGCGUGGCGAGGGAGCUCCUCCUCCGAGGCGCGGACGCCAGUGCCGAGACGCCCGAAGGUCUCUGCUGCGUUCAUUAUGCUGCACUGGGCGGGCAUAUUAUCACGCUGAUGCUUCUACUGGAAUUCCGCUGCGACGUCCGGGCUCUGACAAAGGACGGGUCCACCGCCCUCCACUUGGCAGCUGCGCAUGGCCACUCGUCGGCCGUCGAGUGGCUGGUGACACAGGCUGGCCUGAAGGUUGCUUCCGCCAACAAAAAGCGCGAAACAGCACUUGACUUGGCUCGAAAAGCGGGACAUAAAGCCACGGUUCAGUCUUUGGUCCAGGUCCAGAUAUCGGAUAUUCUAAGCUGUGGUGACGUCGGGACCCUGAGCCAGUUGGUGGAAGAAUUUAAUUUGGAUGUCUUGUGCGCCAAAGAAAAUGAUAAAGGUUUUCGGUCUGUCCACUACGCUGCAUAUGGGGGCCAUGUUAAAGUACUGGAGAUCCUUCAAAAUAAGAAGUAUGACAUGAAGUGUGUGACGAAUCAGGGAUAUUCAGCUCUGCACUAUGCGGUCAAGUACUCUCACCUGGCGGCUGUCAAGUGGCUAGUCAAAAAGGCUGGCCUGGAUGCUACUCUCGGUCCCAGCAGCGGUGUAGUCUCUGCCCUGGAGCUGGCCAGACGAGAAAGGAAUGAGGAGAUAGUAACAUGCCUUGAAAAGGUGUCCACAGUGAAAGCGCUGGAGUCUGACAAUCUCGAGGCCCUUAGAAACCUGGUACGCGAGGGUGUUGACGUUGAAGCUGUGUGCGAAAGGAAAUUUGGUAUUCGCGUUGCCCACGUCGCUGCUAAGCUGGGGCAUCUCACGUUACUGAAGAACCUCCGAGAAAUCAAGUGUGACGUGAAAGCAGAAGCGGACAGUGGGAAAACAGCCCUCCACUUCGCAGCAAAUUAUGGUCAACUAGAAGCUGUGAAGUGGCUGGUGGAAGAGGCUGGCCUGGACGUUUCCCGUAGGAGCAGAGACGGUCUCACUGCCUUGGGCUGCGCAGAGAAAGGCAAUCAUGUAGACAUAAUAGUCUACUUAAGACAAAUUCCCCGUGUUGGCGGUCUUGGAAAUAACGGCAAUGCAGACCAACGCCGUGAAACGGUAAAAGCAGGAGCAGCAGGAGGAGGAGGAGGAGGAGGAGCAGUGGAGAGAAAGGGAGCCGGGGCAGCAACAGGAAGGGGAGAAGCAACAGCCAUAAAUCAAGACUUGGCCAAAACAGACAAGGCCUGUGUGAAGGAAGCUUUGUCGUCCGGUGACUUCAAGGGCCUGAUAAAACUUAUUGAAAAAGGGGCUGACGUGGACACUCUGAUUUACGAGAAUAACGACCAAGGGAUGCGAGCGGUUCACUACGCUGCCCAGAGCGGCAACAUGGAGAUGCUGAGAGCACUGAAGCAGAGCAAGGUCGACCUGAAGCCUGUGACCCGGAAAGGCUUCACGGCCCUCCACUGCGCCGUCUUGAACGGCCAGCUGGACGCCGUCCGGUGGCUGGUGGCAGAGGCGGGUCUCGACGCUGCCUGCCGCAGCAAAGGAGGGGAAACUGCCCUGGACUUGGCAAAAACGCUUAAAAUGACCGAGAUAACUAAUUAUUUGACCAAGUCAGCAUACUUCUGGCAGCUACAUUUUGAACUGUCUCCAAUUUUCCUCUACAGUCUUGCUUUAGUACAGUCAACCAGACACAAGGUCCAGAUAAUGCUGGGCUUUACUCAGGCAUUGUGCCCCAAUAGAGGUGAAAGCAAGAUCUGGUCACCUAUCCAGAGUCGCAGUGACCAGGAGCAUGACAAUGCCAAUGCUCCUUGA